UUCUGUCCUCUCCUCCUUUGCUAUCCUCUCCGGCUGAAGUGUAUCAGCUGACGAAUGGUAUCUCCCUCCUCUCGCGGAUGGAUUGCGCCGCUGAAGCCGGGCUGCCUGAUCGCUGACACAGGAGCAGGUUGCCCACCGCCCGCUCUCCUGCUGCUGGAUGUCUCACCGAACGACCCUCAAGUAAAAUAUUUCGCUACCUAUAAAAUAAGGUUACUUUGUUAUUUAUUUUUUUUUUUUUUACCUCGGGCAGGAAGCUACCCGCUUCCCCUCACCAUGGCUUCCAACUUCAACGACAUAGUCAAACAGGGAUACGUGAGGAUACGGAGUAAGAAACUGGGGAUCUUCCGUAGGUGUUGGCUGGUGUUUAAGAAGGCCUCCAGUAAAGGCCCCCGACGGUUAGAGAAGUACCCAGAUGAGAAGGCAGCCUACUUCAGGAGCUUCCACAAGAUCACUGAGCUCCACAACAUCAAGAACAUUACCCGGAUGCCGCGGGAGACAAAAAAGCACGCUGUCGCGAUAAUCUUCUGUGACGACACAUCCAAGACGUUUGCCUGUGAAUCAGAGCUGGAUGCAGAGGAAUGGUGUAAGCUGCUGUGCGUGGAGUGCCUGGGCAGCCGUCUCAACGACAUCAGCCUGGGAGAGCCAGACCUGUUAGCAGCGGGGGUGCAGCGGGAGCAGAACGAACGUUUCAACGUGUACCUAAUGCCCACUCCUAACCUGGACAUCUAUGGGGAGUGCACCAUGCAGAUCACCCAUGAAAACAUCUACCUGUGGGACAUUCACAACGCUCGCCUCAAACUUGUCAUGUGGCCUCUCAGCUCUCUGCGCAGAUACGGGCGAGACUCCACUUGGUUUACUUUUGAGUCCGGAAGGAUGUGUGACACAGGAGAGGGUUUGUUCACGUUCCAGACUCGGGAGGGGGAGAUGAUCUACCAGCGGGUCCACUCAGCCACGCUGGCCAUUGCCCAGCAGCAUGAGAGGAUGAUGGAGGAGAUGGAGAAGAGCUCCCAGAUCCAUCCCAGAGAGACGCUAACCAAGUCCAUCUCCCUGCCACGCAGCGCCUACUGGCAGCACAUCACGCGUCAGAACAGCGUGGGAGAUCUCUACAGUUUCCAAGGAAGCGGGCUGACAAUGACUUUUAUCCCUCGAGCACAGACGUUCCCCAGCUUUCUGUCUGAUGAACAGGAGGAGACCGAGCAACAGGAAGAGGCACCGUCGCCCUCUAGUGGCUGUGAAUCCAAUUGCAGCCUGAGACCCCUUCAAUGACAGAGAAUUGCUCCACCAAAACUGGACACUUUCCCCACCACUGUAGAGAGGAUGUAGAAAUAUGUAUAGUGACAUGUGUAAUAUAUCAUUUCCAGGUGAUACACAAUAGUGUCAACUGUAGAGCGAGUGGUACAUGAAAAGGACCCUGAAAAAGGACAUUUUUUUUGUGUUGUGUAACAACAGAAGUAGCUUCAAAGAUUGCACCAAAACGUAAGUGUUUUAAUAUGUAUUAUGUUGUCAUUAUGCUGUUGAAGCCAGCAGGACCACCUUUUUAAAUCACUGCAUAACACCGUACAAGAAAUAAGAGGUACAAACACACUAAGGCCCGCUGUAAAACAAUGUGUGAAAAGGCUUUUGUUCUGAAAUGGAUGAAAUCACACCAGACUCAUUCCAACAAUGUCCAGCCUCAGCAACCAUUUUAAAGGGAAACUCAACCAUAAUCCUCUCAAUCCUGCUGUACAUCUCUCCUUCUUCAGAAUGUGAAAUUGAUCAAAGCCUUACAAAGAAACAGCUUGUCUUUGAUUCAGUGAUAAAUCAGCUAAAGCCCUUAAUCGGUUACAAUCAGUCAUUCAGAAAUGUAAUUCAACUAUAUAGGAGGGGAUUGUCAUGUCCCAAAUUUUAGAAUGCAACCUUCUCACAGCCGAUACUUAUAACUGCCACUUCUACAUUACACUAACAGAGCAAUUUGAUUUCAGUAGCUUCCUAACUCCUAUCCAGCCUCAUAUACAGUAUCUGAUAACUGGUACAGUAUUGCAUCAUGGGAUUCAUGUGGAUUAUGGUGUCAAAAAAUGUGCCCUGCUUGUAUGUUACGUCCAGAUCUAAAAAUAAAUAAAUGUUAGAAUCGAGGUUUCACUGAGGAAAUCUCUGCCUAGUAAAAUACGUAAAAACAGUUAACAGUCAAUUAGAAAUUGGCAGCUGGUUAGCUUAGCUUAGCAUGAAAACUGUAAACAGGGGAAACAGCUACCCUGGUUCCACCCACAGCUAACAAAAUGUGUACCUACACUUAUAAAACCACAACUUGUUCUUACAAUUGGGUUUAUGUCGGAAGAAACAAAUGAGGUAAAACAAGUGAAUAAGUGGGAUUUAGAGGUCCUUAUAGGCAGGUUUUAGGGCUAGCUGUUCCAGUCUUUGUGCUAAGAUAACUAAGCCAAACAGUUAAUGGUGGUAGCUUCAUAUUUAGCAUUAGAUGAAACAAAAGUGUUUUUCCAGUUUAAGAAUAUAUAAUUUAGUUUUCCAUCCAGUAACCGCAUAGAAGCUAAAAAAUAAAUAAUAUCGGUCUAUAUUACUGGCUUUUGUUUCUAAAAAAGCCCAAUUCAGCGUUUUAAAAACGUUUAAAAUAUUUUCAAAGAAUUUUUUCUGUAGCAUGUGAGUGACAUGUCACUAAGUUCAUGACCGCUGUGAUGAUAAGACUUCACAUGCACAAGGAAUAAACUCAAUAGCAACAGUGAAGCCUAAAUUGAAUCUGGAGUUACGAUGCGUAACUAUCGUUCUCUGCAUUGUCCUCAGUAAGAAGUGCCUUCCGACACAGACCGAGAGAGUGUGAGAGCUAACCAAAGCAAAGCAUUGUCUUUGGGCUUCGAGUUUACCAUUGUGGACAGAGUUAAGCUCUGUACCUACAAAGUGUUUCAAACAGUCUUAGGUCUCUUUUAAAUACUGUCAACCCAGCUGUGAAAUGCCAUGUUACACCUAAAACAUAUACGGUUACCUAUCAAGACCGUUGGUGGCUGUCAGCACUGCAGACAAUUAUCAUCUUGUUAAAUAUUUCUGGUAAAAAAUGAUUGUGCUUUUUGCUUUAAUGUUAUGUUAAAGCAGGGCACGAAUCCAGAAAUUCCAGAAACUAUGAAAUUAAAAACAAUUCCAAUGACAAUCACUUUUAGGCAGUCCUUUAAUGUCAAAAUGAAUCACUUAUCUUAAUGUGUUUUGUUGUUGUUAUAAUAUUCCUGUAGAACAGGAGAUACAAGUACAAGCAUUUCUUUUAUGUUGGAGUUAAUUUUCGCAGUCAGUCACUUUAUUUUGUAUAUUUGUAAUUUAAAGAACUUCAUAUUCAUUUGAACCUCGAACAAAGUGCCCAUCUAAAAAUUAGUCUGCGUUACAGAGCCCAUAGUAACCAUAUGUAGACAGACAGUUAACAUACAUAUCUGGCCACAUGUCUGUCCUAGUUGUCAUGAGUCUUUUCUCAACUGUGGUUAAUAAAUGUAUGUAUAAUAGUUCCACUACAUCUGGAGCAUUAGAGCAGUACUUACUGAUAAGUAGCACUACAGUUGUCACUAAAUGUACAUAUGUAAUGUAUUUGAUGAUAAAAAAGGUAAUAAAUUGAAUGUUCUAUCAUGUA